AUUGCGGGCGAUUUUUAAGCAACGACCUUGCCGCCCCGAAAAACCGGUAAAAAAAAAUAAAUAAAAAUCGGCCGCGGACAAGGGAACGCAUAGGAAAUGUCGAAUUUUUUGCCAAAAUCGGGAAAGUAGUUCCAACAAAAAUAUCGAAAAAAAUAAACAAAAAAUAUCACCUGCAAUUAUAUUAUCAACCAAAAUUUGUAUAUCUUUAUUCAAUAUCGGUGCUUCGCUGCGGUUGCUCGGUUUCGAUUCGGAUCGGCGUCCUUUCCUCACAAUCAAGUCUCUGGCGUUUGGCGCGCUUUGAAUAUUGUUCGAAAAUUACAAACAAAAUUGUCCACGUCUUUCUGAUUUCUUCUGUUGAGCGACAAUGUGUGUCGUUCAGGACCCAAAAGGGCCUAGUCCCUAAGAGAAAAUCCUAAAAUUAUAGAAAUAAAUUAAAUAAAAAAGAAUAUACAUAUAUGUAUAUAUAAAUUGUAAAGUUUGUUAGUCAGUGCUAAAGGCUUUCAAAUCAUGCCCGUGAAGACAGGUGUCAAUGGCGGCGACUACGACUCCCAGGACGAGGCCAGCACUGAGCUGCUGGAAAAGCUCAAGCAUCUGGAUCGCCGUGUGGACGCCGUCGAGGGUGGAGGCUCUGGCGGCCUAUGCGGCCGGAGGUCGUCCUGCUGGCAGUCGGUGAAAUGGAAAUCGGCUCUCAAUCAUAUCGGAUUGCUGGUCUCCCUGUCCAUCUACUGUGGCGUGGGUGGUUUGAUAUUUCGCCACUUAGAGCGUCCCGCGGAAGUGCAACGUCUUACCGAUUUGAAGGAUGUGGUCAAGAGCCAAAGGGAACGCUUCAUGAGCGCCAUAUUAAACAACACCGAAGUGAACAAUCUCAAUGAGCUGUUGUCCUUUGAGCUGGCCAAAUAUGAAGCGGCUGUUCAAAAGGCGGCCGAAGGGGGCCUGCUUAUAGUCGCCGAUAAAGACUUCCCAGAGCCGUACGAGCGAUGGAGCAUACUGCAGGCUGUGUUCUUCUCAUCGACUGUGUUAACCACCAUAGGAUAUGGCAACAUUGUGCCAGUGACUACCGGCGGACGGGUAUUCUGCAUUUGCUUUGCCCUCAUCGGCAUACCCUUCACGCUCACGGUGAUAGCCGACUGGGGUCGGCUCUUUGCCACCGCCGUCUCAGUGUUUGGAAAACAUAUGCCCACCAAGCCAAAGUUUACCAAUUUCAUAGGAAAGACCUGGUUCUACGCCAUUCUGGCUGUUGGCUUCUUGGGUGUCUAUCUGGCCGCCGGUGCGGGUCUGCUCCUGCUCUGGGAAGAUGAUUGGACCUUCUUCGAUGGCUUCUACUUUUGCUUCAUUACCAUGACCACCAUUGGGUUCGGAGACCUGGUGCCAAAGAAACCCAACUAUAUGCUGCUCUGUACUCUGUACAUUCUCAUUGGCCUGGCCCUGACAUCGACGAUUAUCGAGCUGGUGAGGCGUCAGUAUGCCACCAGUUGGGCCAAGUUGCAGGAACUUUCCGGUCCCAUGGCGGAGACUUUGCGUCGCUUGGGUGAGACAGCCGGCACGGGUCUGGACUAUGCAGCGCUCCAAAAAGUCUUGACCGUUUCCAUGCCGAAGUGGAACAGCAAGAAGAACGACCACAGCCCGGAUAUUGCUGCGCUUGAGGCUAUCACCAAUGCCAUUCUAAAAGAGGUGAAGGAGGCACAAAAUAAUAAGCCCAAGGUUCUGCAAAUUGUCAUCUACGAGUCCUCUGUCUAAGGACUAUGUAGAAUAAGAGAAGGCUAGAGAGAGAGCUUCCACCAAUAAUCUACAGCAUAAUCUUCGGGCCACAGCAAAAAUAUCAGAAAAUAUCACAGUUACGAUUAGUUAGGCUUGAAUUGAGUUGAAGGUUGAGGGUUGCCAUUGGUGACAGUGGGCACUAGCUAAAGCGUACCACUGCCAGACUUCCAUAAGUUAAUGUCUGUACAUAUAGCUAUUAUAUAGUCAAAUGUCUAGGCAAUAAUAUUGCUCAUACGUACUGAGAUCACAGCAUACAUACUUACAUACUAUAAUUAAUUAUUUAUUUAAAGGCGGGGAAAGUGAUUCAAUAUAUAUUAAUAAAUACAUACGCAUACACUAUAUAUAGAUAUAAAUAUUUUUUUUGUUUAAUGUUAACCAUUAGCUUAAGUUAUCAAUAACAUUAUUAGUACCUCUUGUCCAUGUGAUGUAUAAAUGUCAUCUCUAAAAUAAAUCAGAAGAAAAACAU